ACUAACAGGGGUAGUAGGAAAAAAAUAUUCCAUUGGAUCCUUUUCUCAUAUACCUGUUACUAUAGGUAUUGGAAAUAAUACUUUAACAAUUUCGGAUGAGUUUUCUGUUUUACCAACAGAAAAAGAUAGCAAUGGCAAGGAUAUAUCACUAUUUAUUCUUAGUACAAGAUAG